AAUCCAGAAGAUCUGUCGUCUCCAGCUCAAGGCCAGCCUCGCCCCGGCGGCCCCCAACCCUACUUGUAUACGCCUGUGUCGUGCGUGAAACAGUUACAGGAGGCCGGAACCCAAUAUAAUCGGCCUAGGAGUGCCAUUCGACUCCGCAGCCCCUCCCGCGCUGCUGGGAGACCUCUGCUCUUGCGAGGCACGUCGUCGAGGUCUGCAACAGCCGCAGACAUUGCUCCGGAUACAUGUCGAAAGGCUUCUUCGGCCACUCGUCCCCCUUCCACCGCGACCCGACCCCGUCUUCUGCGACCAGCGCCGCCCCUAAGCCUCGCCCGCACAAAGAACUCGACCAGGUUUCUGCGUUGUAUGAGCUUGGACUGCUCAGCAACCCGGAUAAAAGACCUAGGAGGCGAGCAGCAACGACCGGGGACCAGGAGCAACCUAGUGGAGCACGCGUUGCAGGAUUUCUGACCCAUACCCAUACCCGUUCCAAUCCCAAUCCUCAUCCCCAAGGGAGUCUAGACGUCCAAAAGAAAACCUCAUCUCAUAUGACAGUUGACUCUCCUCGCCUCUCAGAGCAGUCAUCCAAGUCGAAGCCGUCGCUAUCAUCGCUCCAUUCGAGAGAGCCCUUGCUGGGAACGGGCGACCUGCGCAAGCGAGCGGGAGGAGGCAUGGCAGGAAUGUUGGACACCGACAGAAGUCGUACACGGCGGGAGAGGACGUUUGUGGGGAGCGAGUGCGCUGUGUGUGAAGAGCCUUUGGAGCACACCCUUCGCGGCGAGCGGAUACUGCAGUUCUCGUGCGGCCAUGUGUCCCACGAAGCGUGCUUCUACGAGUACAUCAAGGAGUUCGAGUCGCAGUACUGCCCGACGUGCAACGCGCCAUUGGGCCUGGAUACAAGCAGAGGAGGGAAUGUGCUGGACAUUGUGUCGGCGAGCGACCAGUCGACACGCUCCAACCAAACUCCUACUCCCACCCCGUGGGACAGCCAGACCGUACGGCCGCGCAGCAGAAGCUCGAAUGCGGGACCACCGCCCAGAGAUGCCCGGGACAGCAGCAGAGAUUCAAGAGACAGCAACAAUGGAGGAGGAAGCAGUAGAGAUAGCAGGGACAGCAGGGAUCGAGCUGGCAGAUUCACCACCCAACAGCCACCGCGAGCUGGACACAACCGGAACGAUUCAGAGGUCACUGGUGCUCCAUCAUCUCUUGGCUACCCAGAGACGACAACAAGUGGGCCUCCUCGGCGACACGACUACGACGUCCAGUCCAUGGAGACAAGCCUCAUCAGCCCAAGAGCAAGCGUCACCAGAAACCCCAUACCCGCCCCAUCCGUCAGCGUGCGUUCCGAGUUCCCGACCCUGAAUCGGUCUCGUCAACAACAGACGCUUACUUGCCUUGUCACUGUCGAAGUUCCGGACAACAAGUGGCGACCUGACCCUGAUGAUCUACGAAGCGCACCUCCUCUACCAGCACCCCGGCCCGAAGAUACUUAUGCUCGGCCACCAUCUCCAGCACAAAGUGCUCCACGAUUCUACCCAUAUGAGCCCCCUGAGGUGUUGGAAGAAAUCACCGAAAGCCUUAGAAACAGAGUAGAGAAUUGGCAUGGCCUGGAUUUCAAUAGAUUCGGAAAACUACGUUUGUACGGUACAAUCAGAGUCGGCAAAGACAAGCAGUCUUGGCAAGAGCUGGAGUGUUUCCUAUUUGCCGAGAUGCUCAUUUGCGUGAAAGAAAAGAAGGUUACUCUUCCUCAGCAAUGGGAUGAUCCAAAUACAGUACGCAAGAGCACACGAUGCACGCUCAAAGGAUCCAUCUUGAUCAAGAAGCACCUCAAUGAGGUGACCGAAUCUGGGACUGGUAAAGCCCAACUUGGACAAACCGAAAAAAUCACCAUGUCUAAUCUGCGACCUACAGAAGAGUAUAUUUUAACCCUCAGUCUAUCGGUGGCCGAAUUGCCAUCGUUCCAUUUGCGAUUCGAGAACAGAAACCAAUUGAAGCUCUGGCAACAAGCACUUCUAGACCUAAAUGCUGUUGAGGGUUCUCCGAUUAGAAGCCCAGACUACGAGUUGUCAGAGGAAGAGGAGGACUGGCAAAGGGUAUCGAACCCCAAACGUGUCUCAUCGGUCAACUCAUCUUCGUAUGGAGCCGGGCGCUCUGCAACGACUGCUCCAACAGAGUACACCGCUGCAACUCGAGGCAUGCGACUUCCAGCGCCUGUUCAUGUUCCCGUGGAUAUCGUUGUCGUCAUUCCGAUUUCUUCAUCUAUGCAGGGUGUGAAGAUUAGUCUCGUACGUGAUGCGCUGAAGUUUAUGGUCCAAAAUCUUGGCGACAGAGAUCGCAUGGGUUUGGUUACGUUUGGAUCUAGCGGUGGAGCAGCACCCCUCGUUGGAAUGACGACAAAGACUUGGAAUGGAUGGUCGAACAUUCUAGCAUCAGUCAGACCUGUUGGCCAGAAGAGCCAUCGUGCUGAUGUUGUGGAGGGAGCCAAUAUCGCGAUGGACCUGCUUAUGCAGCGAAAGUCGAAUAAUCCCGUGGCUUCGAUUCUCUUGAUCAGCGACUCGUCGACCUCAGAUGCUGAGAGCGUCGACUUCGUUGUAUCAAGAGCAGAGGCGGCAAAAAUUGCCAUUCAUUCGUUCGGUCUUGGCAUGACACACAAGCCUGAUACGAUGAUAGAGUUAUCUACUCGGACAAAAGCAUCGUACACUUAUGUCAAGGAUUGGAUGAUGUUGCGAGAAUGUCUUGCGGGCUGCCUCGGCGCCAUGCAAACCAUGUCACAUCAGAAUGUGAAGCUCAAGCUACGGCUUCCCGAAGGAUCACCAGCGAAAUUCGUCAAGAUUAGUGGUGCACUCCAAAUCACGAAGCGCGCGACAGGCAAAGAUGCCGAAGCUUCUCUAGGGGAUCUCAGAUUUGGUGACAAGAGAGAUAUCCUGGUCCAGCUGGUCAUUUCUCCCGACAACGCCUCGCAAGAGCAGCUACCUCAAGAUCCUUGGGAGUCCAUUGUCUCCGGACUUGAGGCCCUUGGUGGUCCCCUGGAUAAAGAAGAUGAGCGCACCGUUUCCAUCGAGGAGGUUCCUCUCAUCCAAGCUGAUCUCACAUGGGGCGACAUCCUUCGCGAUGGUACAUUGACUCACCUUCCCCGACCUUCACUUCUCGCAAUUACGAUGCUGCCCGCUCCCACACACCAAAAGAAGUCGCAAUGGCCAAACACCCCUCCAAUUCCUCCACACCCUCUCGUCGUCCAGCGCAGAAUGGAACUUCUCACAUCAGACAUGCUUACACGCGCUCUCACUCUUGUGUCUCGUGGCCAGCACGAACGCGCCCAACAUCUUCUCAAUGAGACACGGUCAAUUCUUAAGGGUCUGGGCAAGGGCGGCCUCCCUCCGAUCCCUCCUACUCCUAGCACGAUGAAAUCUCCGAAUCAAUCAUCUAUUACCACCAACUCAUCUCCGACUUCUACCACCCCCGAGGACCGCCGCAAUACACCAUCACCAACAUCGGCUCACACACCCUCUUCACAUCGUGCGCCCUCCAUUCCACGUCAUCAUUCGAAUGACGCCCUUUCAAUGAACUCAUCUCCGGGCAUUGACCCAACGACUGUCUCAGCUCUCGAUGCAGAGCUUGAAGCCAGUCUAGAAUGGAUUAACCAUCCCGCAGUGUUCGGACGAGAUAGCAGGAAGGCCGUGCUCCAAGCCAUUGGAGUCAUCAGCAGCCAGCGAGGAUAUACCUUCCGAACUCCAGUCGAGAGUAUCUGGGCUGGACGAGUCGGAGGCGUCAAGCGGUUGACCGAACGCAGCCGUGAAUGGCGAGAAGAAGGCGGCGGUGAUGUAGGCAUCAUGGAGGAAAGCUAA